AUUUUGGGAAGAAUGAAACUGUUUGCAUACUAUUCCCAAGUUAUUUGCUCCCUUUCAGCCUUUCUGUGGGAAAAUGAAACAUGUCUGCCUCUUAAUUCGUUUCUUCACCAAAUUAAUCACUCUCCACAACAUCUCCUGUCUGACAUAUGCAGGAAAUAAAGACUUGCAUCUUGAUUGGCCAACCCACUUCAGUAUCUGCCUGGCAACUGCUAGGGCACUAGUUUAUCUUCAUGAGGAGUCAAGGCCAAGGAUCAUAAACAGAGACGUGAAGGCAAGCAACAUUUUGCUUGAAGCUGAGCUCUGUCCGAAAAUAUCUGACUUUGGAUUGGCAAAGCAAUAUGAUGACAAGAAAACUCACAUUAGCACUCGUGUUGCAGGAACCAUCGGCUAUUUGGCACCAGAGUAUGCAAUGCGUGGCCACCUCACUGAGAAGGCAGAUGUCUUUAGCUUUGGUGUUGUUGCUUUGGAAAUUGUCAGUGGAAGACCAAACUCUGACAAUAGCCAGGACAAUGGCAAGAUCUAUCUUCUUGAAUGGGCAUGGACUCUCUAUGAAAGCAACCAAAGUCUAGGUCUGGUGGAUCCAACCCUAGUGAAUGAGCCCCCUGUUGCAUCAAAACCAAGUUAUUUAACUGACUGGGAUUCUAAGGACAUAACAGCCAGCCUGGAGGCUGAAAACUCACCAUCUACUGGGUCUGAGCACAGUGAAAACAAGAACAAGAACAAUCUUAAUCCAAAGAAAGAGCUGGUGCCUUCUCCAUUAAAUGUCACUGAAUUCAGUGACAUUAUUGGGGAAGGAAGGUGAGAGAUGCUCUUCUUAAAAGCUCCAUUUUGCUACUUCUCUUGCUUCUACCUUGCCACAUAUUUUCUAGCUCUAUAAAGUAGAUACUGAAAU